AUGGCGGCUCAAACCAGUAUGCACAACCUGACGACUCUGAUCAAAAGACUCGAAGCUGCGACUUCACGACUGGAGGACAUUGCCACUUCGAUAGAUGGGCCGGGCGCCACUACGACAAACGGCCUGGCUGGAGCUGCUGUAGCCACUCCUUCUGCUUCUGCCGCUACCCCUGAACCUCCGGCACCCGCCCCGGAACCUUUACCAAAGUCGGUCGAGGCCUUUGACAAGAUCGUUGAAGAAGAUGUCGACGGGUUUGUGAAAGCUGCCAAUAAUAUUGGCGGUCUUGUAGCAGAACAAGCCAAAGCUGUCAAAGAUGCAUUCGAGGCUGAACGAACAUAUCUCCUCGUCUCGACGAAAGCCAAAAAGCCCGAUCCACAACCUCCGGAACUGAUGACCGAACUGCAUCGGUACACAUCUGCAGUCGACGAAAUUCGAGAAGCCAAUCGUCCAUCUCCGCUGUUUACGCAUCUCAGCGCCGUGUCAGAAGGCAUUGUCGCUCUGGGAUGGAUUGUGGAGAAAAGACCAGGGGAUUUCGUGACGGACACCCUGGGAGGAGCUCAAUACUAUGGCAAUAAGGUCCUGAAAGAAUACAAGGAGAAGGACAAGGCUCAUGUCGAGUAUAUCCAAGCCUACUACAAGAUAUUCCGCUCACUCGCUUCAUAUGUCAAAGAAUACUUUCCAACCGGUCUUACAUGGAACAACAAGGACGGUAUUGAUGCCAUUGAAGCUCUCAAACAGGUACAGUCGGGCGCCGGCACACCCACAACAGCUGGUGCCGCUGGAGGACCGCCUCCCCCUCCGCCGCCACCACCUUUGCCGAAAUUUGAAGACGAUGGACCUCCAGCGCCUCCGCUGCCGCCUUCUGGUGGCGCUGGACAGGCCGGAGACAUGUCGGCUGUUUUCAAUCAGUUGAACCAAGGUUCAGCGAUCACGGCGGGAUUGAAGAAGGUCGAUAAGUCGGAGAUGACCCACAAGAAUCCGGCCUUGAGAACAGGCUCUACGGUGCCUCAGCGUUCCGCCUCUCAAACUUCAGUGUCUUCGGCUGGUCUCGGUAAAUCACCAUUACCAAAUAAGAAACCCGACAGCAUGAGGUCUAAGAAGCCCGGCCGGAAGGAGCUUGACGGUACCAAAUGGGUUAUUGAGAAUUUCGAGAACACCCAGUCUGACAUCAUUGAGAUUCCGGCGGAACUCAACCAGAGUAUUCUGAUCUCGAAGUGCAACAAGUGUAUAGUGAAGGUCAGCGGCAAAGCCAAUGCCAUCUCCAUCGACAACUGUGCGGGUCUAUCGAUACUGGUCGAUUCACUGGUGUCGAGCUUGGACGUCAUUAAGGCCACCAAAUUCCAGGUCCAGGUCGAUGGCGUUGUGCCCACCAUUAUGCUGGACCAAGUGGAUGGAGCUCAGAUAUAUCUAUCCAACGACAGUCUGGCCACCGAAAUGUUUACCAGCAAAUGCAGUUCAGUGAACGUGGUGUUACCUCCGAAAGAAGGCUCUGAUGAGGACAGCAAGGAAGUGCCCUUCCCGGAACAGAUCAGGAGUGUGGUGAAAAACGGCACUCUGGUCAGUGAGAUAGUUGAGCAUGCAGGUUGA